AUGGAAAUGCCCAAUAAGCGUAUCUAUACAUACAGCUCUCAUCCCGAGAUAUCUGCCCCAACUAAGGCGGAAAUAGAAAAGCGUCCUCAACCCGCAGUUCACAGGACUCCCGCCUACUAUCUUCCCGGUUCUUCGGCUGAGUUGAUCUUUCCCAAGCCCCCGGUUUUUAAUGUCCCAGAACGUCGGAAUAUUCGGGAGAAUCUAUCAGUUGAAGAAUUUUGCGCCCCACCAAAUGAUUAUGACCCGGCUCUUUUGGAUAGCAAAGAGCUUUUCCUUCAGAUAUGA